UUGGUCCCUCAAGUCUGGGCUAUCUACCUCUGGCAACCUGGGAUCCUUUUUUUAGCUCUCUCCCGGACAGAGAAUUAGCAGGUUCUUAAGGAGGGGGAUCAUUUUAGGAUUCAGAAUAGGAGCUCCUCCCUAUGAAUUCCCUAUCAAUUCCACCUGAUCUUGAACAGUUGAGUGGAUAGCUUCCAUCAAAGCCUCUAUUGUUAAGGUGGCCGAAACACCAGCAGAAGUACUCGUUGAUGUUGUGGACGAGGAGUUUGAUGAAGAAUUCUCAAUACGAAGUUCAAAUAGCAACUGUUAAAAGAAAUGCCAGUCUAAAGAACACUAAACCAGAUAAUGUAAUGAGGAAGGAGAUUGCAAGGAAGGAUAGUAUCAUAGCAAGACUAAUAAAACAAAAUCAAGAUGGUGUCCUCAUGAGGGAGAGGUUAGAGAAGGAUCUUCACCACAUGAGACACACUGCAGUACCAGCAGCUCCUACUAGUGACGAGGAGGAGGAGGAGGAGGAGAAUGAAAGAGUUACUAAUGACAGCAAAAUAACAGACGAGGUACAUGUAGUUUAAAUGUACAUGUACAUA